AGUAUCAGGUGGGCCAGCUGUACUCCGUAGCAGAAGCCAGCAAAAAUGAAACAGGAGGAGGUGAAGGUGUUGAAGUACUUGUAAAUGAGCCUUACGAGAAGGAAGGGGAGAAAGGGCAGUAUACACACAAGAUCUACCAUCUACAGAGCAAAGUCCCAACAUUUGUACGGAUGCUGGCGCCUGAAGGAGCACUAAAUAUGCACGAAAAGGCCUGGAAUGCUUACCCUUACUGCCGAACCAACAUUUCAGAAUGAAUACAUGAAGGACGAUUUUUUGAUUAAGAUUGAGACGUGGCACAAGCCAGAUCUUGGCAUGCAAGACAAUGUUCAUAAGUUAGAGCAAGAUGCAUGGAAAAAAAUGUGGAAGUAGUACAAAUUGAUAUUGCAGAUCGAAGUCAGGUUCUCUCUAAGGAUUAUAAACCAGAAGAGGAUCCAGCAAAAUUUAAGUCUAUCAAGACUGGUCGAGGACCACUAUCUCCAGAUUGGAAGAAAAUAUUGGGACAACGGAAGGACAUUCCUCAUAUGUGUUGUUACAAGCUGGUGACUGUCAAAUUUAAAUGGUGGGGUCUACAGAACAAAGUGGAGAGCUUCAUACAGAAGCAAGAGAGGCGGCUGUUUACAAACUUCCAUCGACAGCUUUUCUGCUGGCUGGACAAGUGGGUGGAACUAACAAUGGAGGAUAUUCGCAGGAUGGAGGAUGAAACAAAGAAAGAACUUGAUGAGAUGAGAGAGAAGGACCCAGUGAAAGGAAUGGUGGCAGCGGAUGAUUAG